CGCGUCUAAUAUCCUCCUUUGUUUACAGUUUCAAGUGACUGGACUCAACCUUUUUAUGAUGCUGAUAAUGAACAGUGUCUUCCCACAUUAUGCUUAUCUCUCAUGCCUACUGGUCAGACCGUGCCGUCCGCCUCGAACAACCACCCAUUCUACCACUCCAAACCACCACCGCGCCCUCCUUGACUACCCACCUCGACCUCAUCCAUCCAUCCCCUCAGCUUCCCACCACCAAAUCCACAAGAGACCUACGAAUCCCACCCACCCAAAACCUCCCCACAGCCUCCUACCCACUCACCCCACGACAUCACCCUCUUCACUCCUCAUUUCCCAACCCCUCCCCCCAUGCCCUCCAUAACCCCAUCUCCUCCCCCUCUCCCCCUCCACCUUACCCUUCACAACAUAAAAAAAAAAGCAGACCCAUGUCCACCACCUCGAAACCAAGGGCUUUGUCAAACCCCAUACAAAACCUUCUAGUCAAAGGACAUGUGUAUAGCAUAUGCGCCGCAAUUUGGGGUUUCUGGUUCCGCUUCACUUUUCCAUGAGGAACUUUUUCUUAGAAACUAUAAGGCUGCGGCGGACAUUUUUCCUCGUCUCUUUUCUAUAGCCCCCCCCUUCCCCUGUUAAUCCCUUUUAUCUUGUCUAAACUCAUGAACGAUUGGGGACGUGAGUUCUGACGGCGAUACCGGGG